AAUCCGAAUUUCAGUCAGUCUUCAUUCGCCGAUUCGUAAUGUUAACCAAACAGCAUUGCCUGAUCGCUAGUGGCCCGAUAGCCAUGGGCUUGGCCCUAGCUACAUUUGCCAUAGAUUUAAGCUAUUCCUAUAGGGAUUAUGCCGCGUUUCUCAAUAUUUUGCGUUGCCUGCAGUUGAUGGCAACCAUUUCGCUGCUCUUUGGCCUGCUGAAGAAGGAUGCGCUGCAUAAGGAUAAAUUUGUGCUCUUUUGGCUAAUUGUGUCAAGUUUUUUGUUCAGUUUCCUCUGCUACUUUUGUAUUAUUUAUAUUGGUGGAGAACUAUUCGACUUUUACGAUUUUAUUGACUUUGUGGGGCAAUUCUUUCUGCUUUGCCUCAUUGUGGGCCUAACAGUUCUUAUGGGCUAUUUACUGUAUUUCGUCUAUCAGAAAUAUGUGGAGUUGUGCAAGGACAUCGCAGAGGCAGCUGCAGCACAAGUUCAAGUACCAAAUCCAAUUGUUCAAAGCAAGGAUCCGUUGCCUUCGUACGAUCAAUUAAAUGUAACCAUACAGAAUUAAUAUGAGCCAAAGUUGAUUUUCAACAAAAGGCGCAAUAAAGUUGAUAAGUAAUCGAAGAACGAGAGUGAGAGAGAGAGAGAGAGAGGGAGUGAGCUGGAGUGAAAGAGAGUAAACAAUCAAAUAAAGAUAAGCAUACUAUCAGCUAUAUACAAAUAUUGAUUUACACUUAUCACUGAGUUUAGUUAGCUUUGAAACGUUGUAUCGCCAUGUUUUCGCUCAAGCGAUAUAUGGAAAUUGGCAUUGGCCUAGCCGUAUUUGGCCUGACAAUGGCCACAAAUGCGCUGCCUUAUCGCUGGAAUUUCAAAUUGGAGGAAAUACGCCUAUUGCAAUUUGCGGCCACUAUGGCUCUGCUAUUUGGUGUGCUGAAGGCACAUAGCCAGCACAAGGAUAAAUUUCAGAUAUUUUGGAUGAUCGUAACCUCGAUCACACUCAUCGCCCUGCUGUAUGCGGGCUUGCAGGAAGUCGUCAAGCAUUACUCACUGCUGGGCAGCACUUUGGCCUGGUCUAUUGCCUUGCUCGUUGGGGGUCUGCUGAACAUCAUGUACAAUCAUUAUGUGGAAACAACUAUUGAGGCCGCGGAGAGCAGCACUGAGAUACUGCAAACGCAUCAGCCGCCUACGCUGAGUGCCAAGGGCCCGAUAAACUCCUUUGUUUAUGGAUAAUUGGCCUAAAUGGAAUUCCAUCAUAUUUAUUGCGAAUAAAAAUACAAAUU